CUUCUCCCUCUCUAUAUCCUUCAUUUCAAAGCUACAAACACUUCAUACUAUCACUCUUGAAAACAUAGCAAAAAAUGGACAUUUUCACAACAAAAUCAAUGUCCAACAAAUCCCCCAUUUUCCCCAUUCCUCAACACUUCACCGACUACGGCUUUGAACCCCAAAUCGACUACUUUCAGGUUUUGGAAGAAGCUCGAAGGCACAAGAGGGAAUCAUCCAUAGACGUCCAUUUCAAGCUUCAGAAGCCCAUUUCCAGAGACGAAUCGUCCAAGAAGAUCAAGAAGAGCAAGAAGCGGUGGUGGCGCAGCGCCCUCCUCCUCUUCUUCAAGUUUCCCAAACGGGCGCCCCCCGCCGCCGCUGAUCACGGCGGCAGAAGCCGGAUUGGGUCGAUAUCGGGGCCGAUUUACGUGACGGAGAGCAGGAGCGGGGGCUCGACGCCUUGUUACAGGUCGGGGCCGCUGGUGAAGGGUGGGGAUGGAAUCCCGUAUUUGAGUCUCCGGGAGGUGAAUGCGGCGGAGACGCCCAUUUAUUUGGUCACGUGAUGGGCUGAGCUGAUGACCGCUUUUGGCGCUUUUUGUUUGAAUGGAAUGUUUUUUAGUUUUCCUAUGUAGACUUUUUCAAGAAAUGCGAGUGACUUGUCUUUUUUAUUUAUCAAAAGAUUGUAAAAUCUGAAAAGUUAGUAAAAGAAAAAAAUGUGAUUGAGUCGUGUUAGCUGUGAUGAUGAUGAUGUUGUUCAUCUUGUUGAUUCGAAUAUGAGUGUGGAAUGUGCUUUU